AUGUUCCAAGAUUGGUUGCCAAAAGCAAACAAUUGGCUGCCAUCAGUCGGAGAUGACAGUGAAGCAAAAGAUUGGCCGCCAUCUGUCGGAGAUGUGGGAGAUUACAGUGAGGCAUCCGGCAGCAUGGAUAUGAUUGAUAUGCCCAUGAGCUCUCAGGAUGCUUUGUUUGGCUUUGGCAUGUAUACGAUUCCAGACAAUGCGUUGUUAGAAGCUCACAUGAGGAAGAAACGUAGAAGACAAAAAGCAAAAUGGGUACACAAUCGUGUUGAUUGGAACAAGCAUAAGGCAGCAAAGAUUUACAAAAACAAGUUCAAAGCCUACAAUCGCAUGUCAGAAAAAGCUUUCAAUGUAUUGGUGGAACUCCUAUGUCCAAGCCAUACAAUGAGCAACACACAUGCGAUGUUCUCUACAGGGGCACAGAAUGCAAUAUCCCCAGAAGUGAUUGUCUCAAUUGGCCUCAGGUUCAUGUCUAGAGAACCAGCCAAGUCGCUUGCUGAUAAUUUUGUAAUAAGCAGGCCUUCAGCAAUAAGAGUCAUUGAUAUGUUCCUUCAUGCUGUAGAGGCAUGCAAAGAACUGGAAUUACGCCUUCUAACAACCAAAGAAGAACUUAAGAAGGCAAUGGAAGAAUGGAAUAACUUAUCAACUGGUACUGGGGCUUUAUGGGGUUUUAUUGGUGCCAUUGAUGGAUGGUUGGCAUGCACUGACAAGCCAAGCAAAGGGCGAGAUCUUGAUGGUAACCAAGCAGAUUAUUUCAACGGUCACUACCACCGUCAUGGUCUGAAUAUCCAAGCAAUUUGCAAUGCAAAGCUUUGA